UCUGUUCAAUUUCCUGCCCCUCUGUGCAUCUCCUCCAUCUCCUCCCAUACUUGAUUCUUCCUCUCUCCCCCCUUUUCCAUUCCACCCAAUUCCCUCCCACUCUCUGCUUCCUUUGAUUAUAUUGUUCCCCCUUCUAAGGGAUUAAUUAUAGAAUACUUGAAGCAAAGCUAUUUAGUGUACUGAGAUUUGGAUUUCUUGAGAUCUGUAAAUAUUCGAAAGGAAAUCAAUCAGUCUUUUAACAUUAUGUGUAUUUUUGUGUGCUUAAAAUUAUGUGUAUAUUUGUAUUCACUAUGCAGAUAUAGGAUGAGAACUGGUCCAUAAUCUUGGGCUUCUUUGUAGCCAGUAUAUUUUAUUUCAAAAAAUAAGUUGCUGGCUUUAAAGAAAACUUUUGCUACCUCAAGCAAACACCUCAGGCCAGAAGAGUUGAAGCCAAACUGGGCCUUGACUACUUCCUGAGCAUGACAACAAACACCUCGUCAGCAACACUGAGACGUCAAGCCCAAGCACACUCUCUGUUGCUUAUGCCUAAAAGCUCAUGUGAACAUGAAUGGCACAGCCAGUGUGGUGACGUCUCAGAUGGAGUGGAAACAGACUUCACAGAGUGAUGGGUGGACACCUAAGUCUUGAGCAGAGAGAAAACUCAUCGGGGUUUAGUGUCCUCAGGGGCUUCAGUGUCUGAGCUUUGCCUUUAAUCUGGCAUCCAGUGAAAGAUCCUGGACUUCAUGAUUUCAUGUUCAUGAAUCGUUUUUAAAUUAGAAAGUAACAUCUGUGUAUCUGUGUACUAUAAACUUGGAACAAGUGAGAAACGGUGGUCAGACUUGGGACUAAAACUCCCCUGGACAAAACUGAUAAUGUUAAAAUUAAGAUAUUUCAGGAUGUCCAAAGUAAAAUUCUUUUAAUUAGCAGUUGGAUGUGAGUUGGCUUAUAGACAUUCUUCCCCUUUUAUUAAACAUAGAUUCCUUUCUCAUACAAUAUACUCUGAAUACAGUUUCCCCUCCCUCAGCUCCUCCCAGAUCCUUUCUACCGCCUCUUCUAUCCAGAUCCAUUCCCUUUCUAUCUCUCAUUAGCAAAGAAUAGACUUCUAGGAGAUAAUAACAGAGUAAAAUAUUUGAAGAAAGUUGAAGUUGGACAAUUGAAAAUGAAGGAUCCCUAAGAGAAAGCACAAGAAUUGGAGACCCACAGGUUUACACAUUCAGGAGUCCCAUAAACUGAAAGCUGUAGUGUGUGUACGUGCAUGCGUGUAUGCAGGGGACUGGUGUCCAGAGGACCCAUGUAGGAGGCCCUGUGAUUGCUGCUUCAGUCUCUGUAAGUUCAUAUGAGCUUUGCUCAGUUGCUUUAGAGGGCUUUGUUCUCCUGGGGCCCUUUGUCCAUUCUUUGUUCCCCAUUCCAUCUGCCUCCUCUUCCACAGAGUUCCCUGAGCUCUGUGGGAGGGAUUUGAUGGAGAUAUCUCAUUUAGAGCUGUGUAUUCUAAGGUCUCUCACUCUCUGCAUAAUGUCUGCCUGUGAGUCUCUGUAUUUGCUCCCAUCUUCUGCAGGAGGAAGCCUCUGUGGUGAGGGCUGAAUAAGGCUAUGAAUAUAGCAGAAUAUCAUUAGGAUUCACUUUAUUGUUACUUUUUUAAAGACAAAUAGCAUUUGGUUUUACCCUAGGUCUCUGGACUAUCUAGUCUCUGGUUCUUGGCCACCCAAGCAGUGUCAGGUGUGGCUUCCAUCUCAUGGAGUGGGCCUUAAGUCAAACCAGACAUUGGUUGGUUACUCCCAAGCUUUAUGCCACCGUUGCCCUAGCAUAUUUUUCAGGAAAGACAGAUUGUAGUUCAAAGGCUUUGUGAUUGAGUUGGUGUUUACCAUUCUCUUUUGGUAGCCUGCAGAGUACCUUUCUGUGUCAUAGACACUAGAACAUAGUGGUGAAGGUUCUUUGCAGGCACCAGCUCAACCUUGCCAUGUUCAGUGAUGUCAGUUUGUGGAGAACAACUUAUUGUCUAGGCAGCAGUUUGGGGUUUGGGGAAUGUCUGUGGAACCCUUUCAGCCAGCAGCUCAGUUAGAGGAAACCCAUCCCCAGCACUGGGCCAGUGGGGGUUUCGGCUUCUUCAUUAUUUGGAGACUUUGUUAGGAUCACCUUCCUAUCUUACACCAGGUUUCCUUGGUGCCCCUCAAAUGCCCUUCAGUUCCAGCUGUCUAUUCCCUUCCUCAGCCUCAUCUCCCCUCCCAGUUCUCCCCUGACCCUCCCAUUCCUGUUCCCUGCCCCACUCCAGUCCAUCAUCUGUUUCCCUUCCCAGGGAGAACAUGCACCUCCUCCUCCUCCCCAGUUCCUUUCUCUAUAGAGUGUAUCUUGGUCACCAUUUACUCAGUGGUUAAUAUCCAGAUAUAAGGGAAAACAUAGCACACUUAUCUUUCAGGGGUCUGAGUUACCGCCUGAGGAUGAGGGUGUGUUUUUUUUCUUUCUUUCUAGUUCCAUUUAUUUGCCUGCAAAUUUCAUGAUGUCAUUUUUUAAAAUACCUGAUUAUGUAAACAUACCAUAUUUUCUUUAUCCAUUCUUCUGUUGAGGGACACUAGGCUGUUUCCAAUUUCUGGCUAUAAUGAAUAGAGCAGCAGUUAACAUGGUUGAGUAAGUGUUCCUAGGAUAGGAUAAAGUGUCCUUUGUGUAUAUGCCCAAGAGUGUUAGAGCUGGAUUGUAACCAGUCCUUUGGCUACUUCUUUGAAUUCUUUUUUCUACCACACUCUUCACCCUUCCUACCCCCAGCCCCCAACACUAGGUAGGAGAGAAAGAAGGUUAGGAGAGGAAGGGAGCAUCAAUAUCAUUAUGCUACUUUCUGCUGACUAGAGGCAUUGAAUUCCUUAGAGCAAGUUUGAUCUUCAGCAGCAGCAGGAAGAGAAGGGAGAGGAGUGGCUGCAUUUUAAUGCCCUUUCAAGGGUUUCUGGAGGGGAAACCAGGAAAGGGGAUAACAUUUGAAAUGUAAAUAAAUAAAAUAUCCAAUAAAAGAAAAAAAAAAGAGGUCACAGAAUUCCAAACAUCAUACACCUGCAGAAACUAUCUGCAACUGGCAAAAUCACACCCUUGCCAGGGCAUAAGGUAAAUCAAAGUCUGCUGUUGUGGACAGUCGGAAGCAGUUCCAUAUCUCACACCUGGAAUUAGAACAAGAACACUUUCCCACAAUAUUUCCAUGUUUUUAAAGAAACCAAAAUAACCACUACACUGGCUCUUGAGAUAGAUUGAUCCCCAUCUUUCUGAGGAACUGCACUACACUGGCUCUUGAGAUAGAUUGAUCCCCAUCUUUCUGAGGAACUGCAGUAUUUGUUUCCAUAGUCGCUGUACAAGUUUGCGCUCCUGCUAGCAAUGGAGGAGUGCUCUCCUUGCUCCAUAUUCUCAUCAGCAUGAGCUGUCAUUUGUAUUAUUGAUCUUAGCCAUUCAAAGGAGUAGGAUGGAAUCUCAAAGCCAUUUUGAUUUGUCUCCCUAAUGGCUAAGGAUGUUGAAAUUUCUUUAACUAUUUCUUAGCCACUCGAGUUUCCCCUGUUUGAAAAGUCUGUUUAAAUCUGUAUCCCAAUUUUAAUUGGGUUAUUUAGCUUUUUAUAUCAACUUUUUUUAACUCUUUAUAUAUUUUAUAAAUUAGCCCUCUGUCAGAUGUAGAGUUGGUAAAAGCCUUUUUUUCCAUUCUGUAGGCUGACACUUUAUCUGAAUAAUGAUACCCUUUGCCUUGCAGAAACGUUUGAGUUUCAUGAGGUCCUAUUUAUUAAUUGUUGGUAUUAGUUUCUGCACUAUCAGUGUUUUGAUCAGCAAGUCUUCUCUCAUGCUAGUGAGUUCAAGGCUAUCCUCCACUUUCUCUUUUAUCAGGUUCAGUUUAUCCUAUUUUAUGUUGAGGUCUUUGAUCCAUUUGGAAUUGGGUGUUGUGCAGGGUGUUAAGUCUGUAUCAAUUUGCAUUAUUCUACGUUCAACUUUUCAGUUUGGUCAGCACCAUUUGGUGGAGAUGCUGUCUUUUUACAGUAUAUAUUUCUGGCCUCUUUAUCAAAUAUCAGGUGUCCAUGGGUGUGCGGGUUUAUGUCUGGAUCUUACUUCAGUUGCCUCUCAGAACAACUUUCAUGUAUUCCUUAAGUUGGGGUAUGAUGUGUAUUCAUUACCAUUCAGUUUUAGAAAGUCUUUAAUUUCUUUAUUUCUGUUUUGACACAUUUUUUUCAGUAGAGAGUUGUUUAGUUUUCAAUGAUUUUGUAAGCUUUCUAUUAUUUCUUUUGUUGUUGAUAUCCAUCUUUAAUCCGUGGUGGCCUGAGAGAAUAAAGUGAGUUAGUUCAAUGUUCUUGAUCUGUUGAGACUUGCUUUGUUCUGAGUGUAUGAUCAAUUUUAGAGAAAGCCUCAUAAGGUAUAGAGAAGAAUGUGUAUAUUCUUUUGUGUUUGGGUGAGAUGUUCUGUAAAUAUAUAUUAGGUCCACUUGGUUUAUAGCAUCCAUUAGCUCUAGCACUUCUAUAUUUAGUUUUUAUCUAGAUGACUUGUCUAUUGGUAAUAGUGGUGAAUUGAAGUCUCCCACCGUCAGUGUGUGAGGGUAAGUAGUGUUUAUUUUACAAAGGUGGGUGGCAUAGAUGUUAAUAAUAGAAAUAUCAUCUUGGUGGAUUUUUCCUUUGAUGAGUAUGUUGUGUCCUUCCCUGUCUCUUCUAAUUAGUUUUGGUCUGAAGUCUGUUUUAUUUGAUAUCAAAAUAGCUACACUAACUUAUGGACCUUUUUCUUAGGUCCAUUUGUUUAGAAUAUCUUUUUUUUUGUAACCCUUUACCCUUAGGUAAUUUCUAUCUUUGAUGUUGAAGUAUAUUUCUUGGAUGCAGCAAAAGGAUGAGUCCUGUUUUGGCAUCCUUUCUAUUAGACUGUGUCUUUUUAUUGGGGAUUUAUGACCAUUGACAUUGAGAGAGAUCAGUGCCCAAUAAAUGUUGAUUCCUGUUGUUUUGUUGUUAUUAUUGGUGGUGGUGAUGAUUGUGUGUACACACAUGUUCAUUCAUGUGUGCAUGUGUGCCUUCAUGCUUGUGUUUCGCUUCCUUGGAUUUUGGUUGUUUAGAUUGUUUAUUUCCUAUGUUUUUGUGGUUAUAGUUUUCCUCCUUAGGUUGGAGUUUUCCUUCCAGCACCCUCUGCAGGACUGGAUUUGUAGAUAGAUCAAUAUUGCUUAAAAUGUUUUUAAUGGAAUAUCUUAUUUCCUCCAUCUGUAGUGACUGAGAGUCUUGCUGGGUAUAGUAGUGUGGGCUGACAUCUGUGGUUUCUUAUAGUCUGCAGCACAUCUGUCCAGGAUCUUCUUGCUUUUAGAGUCCAUUGAGAAGUCAGGUGUAAUUCUCAUAGGUCUGUCUUUGUAUGUUACUUGUUCUUUUCCCCUUGUAGCUUUUAAUAUUCUCCCUUUGUUCUGUACAUUUAAUAUUUUGAUUAUUAAGUGCUGAGGGGGCUUUCUUUUCUGGUUCAAUCUACUUAGUGUUCUAUAUGCUUCUUGUACCUUUAUAGGCAUCUCAUCCUUUAGGUUAGGAAAUUUUCCUCCUAUCAUUAUUUUGAAAAUAGUUUCUGGGCUUUUGAGCUGGAAUUCUCCUUCCUCUCCUUCCCCUCUUCCUAUUUUUCUUAGAUUUGGUCUUUUCAUGGGGCUUCAAAUUUCCUGGUUGUUUUGUGUCAGCUUUUUAGAUUUAACAUUUUCUUUGAGGUGUAUUUAUUUCUUCUAUUGUAUCUACAAUAUCUGAGAUUCUUUUUCCCAUCUUUUAUAUUCUAUAGGUGAAGCUUGCCUCUGUAGUUACUGUUUCAAUUUCUAAAUUCUUUUCAUUUUCAGAAUUCCCUCAGUUUGGGUUUUCUUUAUUGAUUCUGUUUCCAUUUUCAAGUAUUGAACAGUUUUAUUCAUUUCCUUCCACCCCCUGUGUUUUUAUAGAUUUCCUUAAGCAAUUUAUUAAUCUCCUCUUUAAGGAUCUCUGUUAUCUUCAUUCAGGUGGCUUUAAAGUCUUUUUCUUAUAUUUCAGCUAUGUUAAAAGGGCCUGCUGUGGUAGGAUAGCAGGCCUCCAAUGGAGACAAAAUGCCCCAGUGUUAUUAAUGGUGUUUUUAUGUUAGCAUCUAGGUAUCUGGAGUUGGGAUGAUUGUAGGUCUAGUUUAGUGAUUCUUGGCCUUCCUAAUGCUAUGACCCUUUAAUACAGUUCCUCAUAUUUUGGUGACCCCAACCAUAAAUUAUUUUUAUGAUUUGGCUACUGUUAUGAAUCACAACGUAAAUAUCUGAUAUUCAAGAUAUCUGAUAUGUAACCCCUGUGUGGGGGUCAUGACCUGUCACAGAUUAAGAACAAGCACUACUGGUCUAGGUGCUGUACUGGGUUUUUCUUUGUUGAAUGGGGGUUUUGUUUCUUGGUUUCUGUUUAUUCUUUGGCUUUUCAGAGUGUGAUUGCUGUAUGCUGCCUGAUAGGAAAUUUUCUGUGGACCUGCUUCCAUGGCCUGUUCAGCUGAUGUUUGCCCAGGGUGUGCCUGCUGGUUUUAGAGGCUUAGAUAAUGGGUUGAGUUGGAGGAGAAGAUUGUGUCAGUUUGGAGGUUGGACCAGAAAAGAAAAGAGACCAGAGCAGGUUUUCAGCUUCCAAGCUGGAGAUAAGACUGGAGGUGUUGGAUCUGAAAAAGCAGGAGUGAGGAGGGGCCGCUGUCAACCUGCUUGUUGCCAGUUUACAGAUAUUUCUGUCACUUCAGGAGUGGGCUAUAAGCUGAAGUGUAGUUUCUUUCUUUAAUGUAUAAAUAAAUAUUAAGUAAAAUAAUCCUUGUUAAAAGAAAAUGUUUUUAAAUUACUGAUGAUUUAUUAGACUUUUAACCAUUCCCAUAGUCUGCCUGUUACCUUAAAAUGCUACAGCUUUCCUCAGUAACUUACCAUUUAAGUGACACUCAAAACCAGCCUGCUAUUUUCCAAGCACACUGGAGACAUGUUUAUAUCUCAGUAAAAGUGAUGCAUGUAGCCCCAAAUUCACUCUGGCUUCUCAGUUCUUACAAACACAUAAUGGUCUGCUUUGUUAGAUUCUGUGAAGUUAAACACUCAUCUGUAAUCAAUCAUGCAUGUUCCUUUUUCAGUCCACGAACAAAAGAUGAUCUUAGAGCAUAUUUUAUACUGUUACAGAUUAUCCCAGAAGAAAUUCAAGCAACUGGUAGAGAGAUUGCUGCAAUUUGUUUCUUUACGGCUGUUUCCAGCAAAACCUGAAGAAUUCCCGCCUCUAACGAAGUGUACCUGGUGGAUCCCAUCAGCCGCUAAAGUUCUGGCUUUGCUUAACACUGCCAACAAUUUGGUUCACCCUCCCCUCGUUCCUUACACUGAUUUCUAUAAUUCUACCCUGGAUCACAUUGAUCUCAUGGAAGAGUAUCACACGUGGCAGAGCUUUGGGAACUCUCACAGCAGGUUUUCCUUCUGUCAGUACCCAUUCGUUAUUUCUAUAGCUGCAAAAAAAAUCAUUAUUCAAAGAGACUCAGAACAACAGAUGAUAAGCAUCGCAAGGCAAAGUCUGGUGGAUAAAGUAUCUCGAAGACAAAGACCUGAUAUGAAUAUGUUAUUUCUAAAUAUGAAAGUAAGGAGGACACAUCUGGUUAGCGACUCACUUGAUGAGUUAACCCGGAAGAGAGCUGACUUGAAGAAGAAGUUGAAAGUUACAUUUGUAGGUGAAGCUGGUUUGGAUAUGGGCGGCUUGACUAAAGAAUGGUUCCUUCUUCUAAUUCGCCAGAUUUUCCAUCCAGAUUAUGGCAUGUUUACAUACCACAAGGAUUCACACUGCCAUUGGUUUAGCAGCUUUAAAUGUGAUAACUAUUCUGAAUUCCGAUUGGUUGGAAUUCUCAUGGGACUAGCUGUUUAUAACAGCAUCACCUUGGAUAUUCGUUUUCCUCCCUGCUGUUACAAAAAAUUACUGAGCCCUCCUGUCGUACCAAGUGAUCAGAGUACACCAGUAGGCAUCUGCAGUGUUACCAUUGACGACUUGUGCCAGGUUAUGCCUGAAUUGGCCCAUGGACUAAAGGAACUUUUAUCAUAUGAAGGCAACGUUGAAGAAGAUUUCUAUUCAACAUUUCAGGUUUUUCAAGAAGAAUUUGGAGUAAUUAAAUCCUAUAACUUAAAACCAGGGGGUGAUAAGAUUCCAGUUACCAAUCAGAAUAGAAGAGAGUAUGUACAGCUUUAUACUGACUUCCUGUUGAACAAAUCUAUCUAUAAGCAAUUUGCUGCAUUUUACUGUGGAUUUCAUAGUGUGUGUGCUUCAAAUGCCCUAAUGCUGCUUCGUCCAGAAGAAGUAGAAAUCCUGGUUUGUGGCAGUCCUGAACUGGAUAUGCAUGCACUGCAGAGGAGCACACAGUACGACGGCUAUGCGAAGACAGACCUGACCAUACGAUACUUUUGGGAUGUUGUGCUUGGAUUUCCACUUGAACUUCAGAAAAAGCUGUUACACUUUACUACAGGAAGCGACAGAGUACCUGUUGGAGGGAUGGCUGAUUUGAAUUUUAAAAUUUCAAAGAAUGAAACUUCUACUAACUGGUUACCUGUGGCACACACUUGUUUCAAUCAACUCUGCCUUCCCCCAUACAAGAGCAAAAAAGAUCUGAAACAGAAACUGAUUAUUGGAAUUUCAAAUUCAGAAGGUUUUGGACUUGAAUAACCUAGAAGACUUGAAAUACAGUAUCUAUAUGUAGCACUCAGCUCCCUCUUACUGUGCCUUUAACACUUUCAUGCUUCUGUUUCAAAACACUUUCUCAAAGCUCACCACUUUUAAAACAAUGAGGGUCUUUUUUUAUUUACUCCGAUACAAAAUAUGUAUAGUGAAGGCAUGAUUUAAAAAUAUAUAAAUAUAUAUAUAUAUCAGAAAUUUAUUGAAUGAGAGCCUAUGGCAGAAACAGGUCUGAGUCCGGCAGUCUUUUUUAUAGUGUUUUGUUGUUUUUCCAUAUGUAGUUUGUCACAGGUGUCCACUGGGAAAGACAAGUACAGUAAGAAUGCAUCUCUGACAUGAUGGAGCCCAGUGGCAGAUGUGUGCUGGCAGCACACUGUAGCAAAGCAGAGAGCUACAUUAUCUUUACCAUAAAGCAUGUAGCCAUAUUUUCAUACAGAGGUAACAACAGUAUCACUGCCAAUGCAGUGUACAGGGUCUUUUGAUAUAUUGGUUUUGGGGUCCUAUAAGAUCUUUCCACCCGUUGCUGAAAAGCAUGUAAAUAACACUACACAGCAGCCGAAGAAUCAUGGGAUUUUGAUAGUGCCAUUUAUUGCUAAAGAUUUAUUUUUACAAAGUAAAUUUAGGGUUUUAGAUGUGUGUACAGCUUUUACAAAUCAACAAAGAUGAUUGUACAAGAGUAUUUUCAGACCAAUUGGAUUCAAGGUUAUAUUCUUUUAAGUAUUGUUAGUCUGCAUGCCCACUGACAGUAAAUUGGUUACUUGAGUAUUCUGUAAUGUUUGUAUAAUGGUUAUUUCUUCUUAAAAAUCAAUAUAGUAGAGCAAACUAGACCAAACUAGUCAUUGAUUACUUAAAAUAAUUACAAGCACAAAAGAAGCCCUGCUAUUUUAUAUAUUUUGAUGUACUGCUUAUAUCUACAAUUUUUGAUCACCAGUUAUAUGAAAACACUAAUUUUUGGAAAAUGUAGGAUAUUUGACAAAAGUGAAAUACAAUUAAAAACAUUUAUGUCAAAAUGAUGUAGCUUGAUAUAAAAAAGAAGUUUGACAUUUUGGCUAAAAUGUGUGUUUUUCACUGGAUUCUAAAUAUAGUAAAUCCAAAAGUAUCCUUGUUUUCUAUUUAUAAUAAAAUAGCAUGUAAAAACUGUAUUUUUAAGCCCCAGGGAUUUUUGUUUUGUUUUGUUUUGUUUUGUUUUAAUUUAUAGUGAAGCAGUUUUAUUAGCAUGUCACAAAUAUUUUCAUCUCAAGAAUUAUUCUUUGAUAGUUUUUCUUCAGAAAACUCUGAAGUGACAUUUGCAAUAAGAAUGAAACCAGCAUUUAGUACCAGCUUAUGGCCCAUGUGCAAAUCAUACUUGGCCCGAGGCUCCCCUGAGCUAGGCAUUUCCUUGUCGCUGUGCUUUCUGCACCCAACCAGCAGAAUUCAAGGGUGCAGUAACUCAUCAGCGUCCUAUAGUUCCGAAGCCCACCCACCCGUGUUAGAAAACCCAGCUUCCUUCCUGUAACGCUUGAGACUGCAAAUGACUACUUUCCCAUGUGAGUUUACCAGAAGGGUAGUUGUUCUUUAAAUCGUGGGAAGCCUAAGACAGCUAAAGGUACAGUUGGUUUGGUGUGUAUAUUGUCUUUAAUCCAUAUGCAAAUAAAACUGCUUCUCUCUUGCACUGCGUAGAAAUGUUUAAUGUAGGUUCCUACUAACAAGCACAAAGAAUUAUGUAUAGGAAACCAGAUUUAAGUGUUUUCAGUAAAAUGUAAACAAAGUUUUUAUUUGUUAGGGAUGACUCAUGGAAAUAGUAUUGGUUUGGUCUGCAUGUCUAACGAUGUGUGUGUAUUGGUAGCUAUGUCACUUUUGCAAGUACACAGGCAAGCCAAAUUUUAGGUGACAAAAGUCCAUAAAUAAUGGGAAUUUUUGUUGUCUUUUAUUAAGUUGAAGUUGAUAACCAUUAAUUGCUAAACCAUAUAUUUAUGCUCUGUUUUGGUUUACAAUGUAAUAAUACCUCAUUUUAAAAGUAAAAACUACUACUGUUACAUUUUAUUUUAAUCAGCUAGAAAAUUCAUGUAGCUUUUUAAAUAUACAACCUAUUAAUGAUUUCUUGAGUUUUUCUAUCUGCCAUAGUAAAUUAAAGCAUUGCACAGUAUUUAUUAGUAUUUA